CCGUCGCUUUCGGAUUUAGUGUAUCAACUUGUGGAUCUAUCUCGUGUGUAUCUGAGUUUGUUGUGACGAUUUGAUUGUAUGCAUUGUGUUUGUGAUUGAAUAGUUGGUGUUUGUGAUUGAAUGCCAUGUCUGAGAAUCCUUUGUUUGUGAAUUAAAUACUCUUGUUGUUUUGUUUUCUAACUUUGUGAUUGAAACGAGUACUUGAUGUUUGUGUGUUCAUAACAAGAAACUCUUUCGAUAUGAAACUUAUUCGAUUAGAAAAACAUGGAUUUGAAACUCAUAUCAUUAACUCGUUUUAGAAAGAUAUUGAUGAGUAUCUGAUUAGUAUUCACGAGAAGCUAAGUUAAGUUUAUUACAGGGCAUGGACAUAGACAUUUGAAACUCAUAAAUCGAUUGCAUUAAGUAUGUAACCUGUUCGCGGAAAGCAAAUUCAUAACUGUUAUAGGAGUUAAGUUAAGUUUGUUCUCAACCAAAUAUGAAUAGUGAGACUUAGUUAUAGUAUCAGUGUCCUGUCUUGUUGCAUUGGUGAGAAUUAUAGGAUCAAUUUGUGGAUAUCAUUGUACUCUGUUUGAAACCAAAUCCUCUUUUCAAUUUAAUGAAGUUGUUUGUUCAAUUCGCUUUUCUUUUUAGUUGUGUAGUGUGCAAUAACUACUGAUUAGACCUUCGUAGUUUAUUGCUUACUCUUGUUGCUUCUCAUCAAACUUGAUAGGUUGUACUUGUCUAUUUAACCCCCGAACUAGAGUUAAUUGCUAUGUACUUGUAGUUUUAUAAUAAGUGUUGAUUAGACUUAGGUAGAUAAUGGUUAGGUGUUAUGGAGUUAUUACCUACUUAUAUUUGUCCUAUUUAAUCAGAUAGAAUAUGGUAGAGCUUUAGUAUCUCCAAAUCUUCUUUCUUUUUUUGUGGGAGUAUCACUCUCUUCUCUGUCCUUGUUGCCAUGAAGCCAGGUAGCCAGUACCCUGGUUAUGUAGAUUUCCUUCAUAGCGUUUCAGGAAAUAAUGCUCAGGGAAACUUUCCUUAUGAAAGUUUUCCUUAUAGUCUCAACAUUGGAGCCUCUCAAAUUCCCCCUUUCAGUUCACAACAGACUGAAGCUCCAUCCCAGCCUGAUAACCCACCAGUGGAGAUACCAGUGGAGCGGUUGGUGAGAAAGAAAUGGAAUCCUGUUGAUGACGAGGUCCUGAUCAGUGUCUGGCUAAACACAUCAAAAGAUGCUGUUGUCAGCACUGAACAGAAGUGCCGGAAUUUCUGGAAACGCGUAGGACAUUACUUUUCAGCAGCUCAUCAUGAGAAGAGAGAUGGCGAGCAUUGUAAGCAGAGAUGGCAUAAAAUCAAUGGGGAUACAAACAAGUAUUGUGCAGCAUACGCAGCUGCGGAGAGGCUUCAAAGUAGCGGUCAGAAUGACAACGACUUAGUGAAGAAAGCUCAUGAGAUAUACUUUGCGGAUCACGGCUCUAAGUUCACCUUGGACCAUGCAUGGUGUCUUCUGAGGUACGAACAGAAGUGGCUGAGCCUGAACACUCCAAAGUCUGGCGGUGAGAAGAGAAAGACUGGUGAGGAUGGUUCCCAACCAUCAAGCAGUAACGUUGGUGAGGAAGAGCCCCGUCCUGAAGGUAUCAAAGCUGCGAAAGCAAGAAGGAAUUCUAGGAAGGGGAUGGCUGUCGAGGACUUUAAGAGCGUCCAUGAGCUCAAGAUGGAGGAUUUGGCGAAGAAUGAGAGGCUCUCGAAGCUGGCCAUUUUAGACACUCUCCUUGCUAAGAAGGAGCCAACCGAGAGGGAAGAAAAUGUGAAGAACAUGCUGUUGGCCGAAUUUUUCUAGUUUUUAAACCCUAUGAGUCUAUGUUGUGUAAUAUCUAUUAUGUUUGUGUCAUGCGUCUAGUGUCGGAGGAGAAGCUGUGACUAUGUGUGAUUUGAAAUCCUAAGAGUCUAUGUUCUGUUUUUAAAUUAUGAUUGUUGGUCUUUCAAUGUGUGAUUCGUGUUUAAUUAUAAGAAUUAUUUUCAUGAGAGAAUGUGUGUUGUGACCUGUGUUCUAUGUUCUGUUUACAAAUUAUAUUCUCUGUCUAAUGUGUUCUGUUUUGAUUAUUCUCAGGCAAUGGGAUUGGAUUAUUCGUACACGCAGCCGUCUGAGUCGGAGGAUUACGGUUUAAGAGGUUCAGCAGACAGUGGAAACAGCUCUACAGAGAUGUAUAUCCAGCUGGACCAAGCUCAGAUCGAAGCCGCACGCCAUCAGUACCCUCCGCAGCUUGAAGUGGAGUUUGGCUUCCCCAAGGAGUGCUACUGUGGUGGAGAGCCACUUGUAGCCACUUCUUACACAAGAACUGACCCGGGGAGAAGGUUCUACACCUGCAAGAACAAACAGGACGGAGACUGCCAUGUCUACAAGUGGUGGGACGUCGCGGCUACAGAGGAGAUCAAAGCACUUGGUGCACAAGUGACCCUCCUCACUGAUAAGGUAGAUUCGCUUUCAUUCGUCGGUUACGAGGAGACCGAGCUGCGGGAGUUAAAGGAAGUUCAAUUUGAUAUGGAGCAGAAAUUGGUUAGGUUGGAGAGCAUUGUAUGUGACUUAGGUAGAAAGAAAUCUAGAUUUGGUUAUGGGUUUGAACUAGUUGUAGGUGUUCUGGUUGUUGUGUUAGUGAUAAUAGCCAUCGGAGUAGCUGCUCGUAUGUAGGUUUAUAUGUCUUGUGUUUAUCGAAAAUGUAUGAUUAUCCUUGUGUUUUGUUAAAUUUUGUUCAACUCGGAUUAUGUAACCCUAUCUAACUCGGAUUAAAUCUUGUUUCAAUGUCUUGAUUGAUUAUUUUUAUCAAAACUCUUACUUCAUUCAAAAAAUUUAUUUUUUUAAAAAAAUUUGUUUUUGCAUAUACCAACUAAAAGAAAAACGUAUUUUUACAUAUAGCUAUUCAAAUAACUAAAAUUAGUUGUAACUUUAUAGCUAUAAAUAUAACAUGUCUUUCAAUUACAAAGUCACAACUUUUCAUUGUCGAUUCACUUCUAAAACAAUCACAACCACUUCUCAAUAAUUUAUAAUGGCUUCUUCAUCCCAUUAUCAUUAUCAUAAAGAUGAUGAUGAUGAGAUCGAUCUUGAUACUCCUUAUGAAGAAUUUUAUAACAAUUGUGCUCUCGUACAAGAACCAGAAGAUAGACAACGCCGUAAUGUUCAUGAGAGACACCGGGAAGAAGGCCACACCUUGCUUUGGAAUGAUUAUUUUGCCGACAAUCCAACUUACUCUCCCGCUCUUUUCCGCCGACGGUUUCGAAUGAACAAAAGUUUGUUCCUGCGUAUUGUGAAUCGUUUCUCAACAGAGAUUCCAUAUUUUCGACUAGCAGAAGAUUGUACCGGACGGACAAGUCUCACACCUCUACAAAAAUGUACUGCAGCAAUUCGACAAUUGGCAUACGGUGCUGCGGCGGACUCGGUGGACGAAUAUAUCCGUCUAGGCGAAUCAACAGCUCAAAAAUGUUUGCACAAAUUUACCGCCGGAAUAAUAACCUUGUUUGGCGAAGAAUAUCUACGACGUCCAACACAGGAGGAUCUGCAAAGACUACUACAUAUCGGAGAACAACGUGGAUUUCCGGAGAUGCUUGGAAGCAUCGACUGUAUGCAUUGGGAGUGGAAGAAUUGCCCCACGGCUUGGAAAGGAAUGUACUCAUGAGGAACCGGAAAACCGACAAUUGUGUUGGAGGCGGUAGCUUCGUAUGACCUCUGGAUAUGGCACGCGUUUUUUGGAGCACCAGGUACUAUGAACGAUCUAAAUAUUCUUGAUCGAUCACCUGUUUUUGACGACAUUAUUAAUGGCAUCGCGCCACGAGUGAACUUCUAUGUUAAUGAUAAUCAGUACCAUUUCGGAUAUUAUCUCACUGAUGGUAUUUAUCCGAAAUGGGCGGCUUUUAUUCAAUUUAUCUGACUACCACAAAAUCAGAAGCAUUCAUUAUUUGCUCAAACCCAAGAAUCAGUUCGAAAAGAUGUCGAGCGUGCCUUCGGAGUCCUUCAGGCUAGAUUUGCCGUUGUCAAAAAUCCGUCAAAGUUAUGGGAUAAAGAGAAAAUAGGAAAUGUUAUGAGAGCAUGUAUCAUACUCCAUAAUAUGAUUGUCGAAGAUGAACGGGCAUCAUUCACUCAGUAUAACAAAUUUGAGUUUCAACCAAGAGAAGUUCCGGAUACAUUUACCGUCAACAUGCCUUCGAAUAUCAGUGAAAAUGUCGGCACUACAAUGGAUCGUCGAACAAGGCUUCGGAAUAGACAAAUCCAUGAAAACUUAAAAGACGAUUUGAUUGAAAAUAUAUAGGAUAAAUUUUGACAUCUUCCGAAUAAUAUGUAAUUUUAAGUUUUUAUGAAUAAAUUGUGUGUGUUUUAAUUUCUGAACUUUGUAUUUUUUUUCCACUAAUAAAAUGUUUGUAAUUUUAAAAACUAGUUUAAAAAAAAAUUUAUAAACCUAAGGACCUAUCAAAAGUCCCACCCAUAAUCAACAUUUUAACAAAAGUCCUUAACCAAAGUCCUAAACUACAUAAACUAAUUAAAUACUCUAAGGACCAUUCUAAAAGUCCUAUUGAUGCACUUGCUCUAAGGGAAAAGCAUCUUUUUACAUUGUUUUUAGCCAAACAUACACAAAUUUGUGUAAGAGACACUAUAGCGCCAAAGUACAAGCUGGCAAAUUGUAGAAAGCGAGAAAUCAACGUGUAGUUCAAUUUUUUGUUUUAUUUUUCUGAAAAAAAAGCGGAAGAUCUGCAUGCAGAUCUCAACCGCUAAACAAUUAGUGUGGUUAAUCCGUUUUCUUCUUUUCUUAUCCAAUAAAUAAAUUUGUUAUAUAUUUAUUUACUUUAAUAAAUACAAUAUUUUUAUUCUAUUUUAUUUAUAACUUUAACAACACAAAACUAUCAUUAUCUAGUUAUUUCAAUUUCCAUAUAAUUUUUACAUUUUCUUAAAUUAUUAUUAUAUAUAUAUAUAUAUAUAUAUAUAUAUAUAUAUAAAAAGGGGUUUUCAAAGUUGGUGUUAAAACUUUGAAAUACUGUUUUAGUUUCAUUCAAAUUGAAGUAAAAUUUUCAUUCAUACUUCUUCUGAAAACUUUAUAAACUUAAAUCAGUUUUCAACAAUCUGGGUAAUUUUGUGACUCCCAUUAAUUUGGGAUGGGUCCGUCCCUCUGCGUCCUGUUGUCUUUAAGGCUAGAACCACGGGGAUAACAACAUGAAUGAGGUAGAACAUAAAGUAGUUUCAUACAGUAAAAAUCUAAGGAGAUAAUAAUUCUAUUAACUGAUAACUAAAAAUAUAUAAAUAAAUAGAAACUGUUGUUGCAAAUGUUUCCAAAAAUUAGUUAAGAGAAUUUUGCCAAGAUGUCAAUCCAACUUGAUAGAAGCCGAACUCAAAUUUUUGACAGGUCGAACCAAUAAUAAAUUUAUUUUGGGGCUACAUCUCGGACACAUCCAAUUUCAAUAUUGAGGUUUACUGUUUAGUGUUUACAUUCAAGCUUUAAAAUAUAGCUGGAAAUUAGUGUUGAGCAUUUACAUAUUUUUGUUUUUUUUUUGAGAAAAGCAUUUACAUUUUUUUUGCUCUUUUAUUUUGUAAGAACUUUAUUAUAUUGAAUUCUGAUUACAACCAACAUAAGCAAAAACUCUGUGACAAAGAGUGAAAACCAAUUGUUCAUAAUUGAAAAGCAAUAAAUCAAACAAAUAGGUUAGACGUUGCUUUUCAUAAUAUUUUAAUGUAAAUUUUUUUCUUAUAAUAAGAUUUUCAACAUGUCUUGUAAUUUGUAGUUUGUACUUAUAUAUAAGAACAUAACUCUCUAGUGAGUGUUUGUAAUCAAGAUUUUAUGAUUUUUUUAAAAAGAAUAACUUAUACUAAUCGAGCAUUUACAAGGUUGGAAUAUAUAUACAUCUAGAGUAGAACAGUUUAUUGGGUGGUCAUCUCUUUGCCACAAUAUUAACAGCUUCAUUAAAAUUCUGUUUAACAUGAAAAAAACUUGUUCUUUCAAACUUAGAUGCCCAUUGUCUGGUGUCUUUAAGUAAAUUUUUUUGAAGUUUAAGGACUUGGAGCUUGAUGUAUUGGUGCAAUGACGUAAAUAAAGUGUUCGAUAACAUGAUUCUGUUGAGUAUAACUCGUACAUAUUCAAGGAUGUCGGAGUCUGGCAGUGUUGCAAUUGUGUUACGCAUGGACGAUAGUUUAUAGAACGUCUACAUGUAAUGAAGAACUAAAAGCAUGGUAAUGUUGAGAGUUUUCAUUAGCUGAUCUUGUUUGGACAUGCUUCACAAACGAGAACAUCCUCGGAUCACAAAUUAAAAGAUUUAGUGAUGCUACUUUUUAAGAAAAUAUAUAUUGCACAAUUGGAAAAAAUUAUUGGCUAUAUAUAGGAUAGCUUAGACUUAAGAUUAGGUUAAGAUUUUAACGUUGUAUUCUCACAGAAACACAAAAGGAGUUUUGGGGUUUCAAGAAGUGAGUGAUUUGUAGAGGUGACCAAUGAUAUACCAUAUAUUUUACCAGUUUUUAGCCAUGGUAUAUAAGUUUUUUAUAACCUAUUUAUUAUGUUUGAAGUUUUUUAAGAGUAUUUUUAGGUCAAGAAGUAUUUUGGAGCAAUGUGGUGAUUUUGGAGCAUCUUGGAGAUAAAGUUAGAAGAAACUCGUAGCUGUCCCUCGAACCAGUCUAGAGUCGACAUUCAGCGUCAAACGUCGAUCGACAAACAUCCCGUGUCAUCGAUCGUCAGCGAAGCGCACAAGCCUUGACUUGGUUUCCAGCCGACUUAUAUUCCAAGUUCCACAACAAUUACAGAAAUACUCUUGAUCGAUUUUAACCUAAUAUUUAUGUAUUCUGUCUUUUUUUGGCAACCCACGUUUUUCAUACUUUCAUAUUUUCACAACAAACAUAUUUAGGGUUUUUAAUAGUUUGUAGAGAAGAUCCAAUACUCGUUCAGAGCUUUGUAUUGGAACUCUAGUUUUUCUACUAUAUUAUAUUUAUGCAUCUUAUUCAGAUUAUUGCUAUGCUUUACUUUGCUAUGUCUGAGUAAUUUCACUUGAUAGAUUUAGAGUAUUAGUAAAGUUAUGAGAGAUUAGCCCAAACUAUAGAAUUGUUAAGGUGAUUGGCAUCCUUCAAAGAAUUGGUUGUAAUGCUUGUGUUCUACAGUAGCUAACUAGAACCCUGAUUUUAAGAUUGUGGACAACUACGACGGUAGGUUGUGCACCAAAAUAGAUUCCCUUCAGAUAGGAUUGAUAGAAACAAGCGCAUCUGAUUUAGUUAAGACUAGUGAACCUAUCGAUCAACUCGCUAAUGCUUGCCUAAGGAAGCAUCAAUCGACGCUAAUAUCAUAGCAUUGAUCAACGUUUGAUCUGUAUCAAUAAGUGGAAGCAGAGAUAUUGGACUUAGUCAAUAGGAUUGAUUCACAUACGAAAGCUGAAAUAUUUUCUCAUUAGAGUUCGAGUUCUAGGAUUGACAACUUAAGCAUUUUAUAUCAUCAUAAUCAUGAUUACCUAAAACCCUAAAUUUAGCUGUUUUCUCAUAACUAUUUACAACCUCAAUCAAUCAAUCAACUGAACAACUACCUUGUUCGCCUCUGCUGUUUAUUGAUUUACUAUGUUUCUUAAUCAUAAACUGAUUAGGAUCUAUUGUGUGUCCUAGCUCCUUGUGUAUUUGAUCCCUAAGUACUACAGCUGAACCUCUUAUGUGAGAGAGUAAAAAUCACUCAUUAGGAUAAUUUGAGUGAUAUGAAUCAACAUUGGUUGGUUCACUCAAAGGGUAGAUUAAGAAUUGAGCUGUGUCAAGCCAUUUGUGGCGUUGAGUAAUUCAGAUUAAACAAAUCUGUAAGAAAUUCUUAAUAAAAAGAGAAGUUUGUCUUGAAUCCCUUAUGUUCUUAUUGAUUUCACUAGCUACAUACAUUUUAUUUGGUAUCAGAGCUAGGUUGCGAUCCUUGGACAUGUGAAGCUUAACGUGUUGGUGCAAUUGCACAAAAAGGGUUCGUUGACAUGAUUUUUUGAAGUAUGGUUCGUCCAUAUGAAGCUCCAAAUCCUUUUAUUACCAAAACAUAUAAUCCAUUCAUCAAAACUUUAAGAUUGUACAUAAAUAUAUGGUUGCCUUCAAGUAGAUUUCUUACCAAAGUUAAAUAUCCAUUUGAUGUCUUCAUAUUUUAUAUUAGAACUUGAAAUACCAUUUUUGUUUGACUAUAAGCUUUUCUUCUUUUUUGUCAUCUGAAUAGAUCAUUGUUCAGUUUCAAAACAAGAUUAUUACAAGAAACCCACUCUCUCACGCAAACAAACAAACCCUAGUGCCGCCGUCGCUUUCCCCCGACGUCCUGUGUCUUUUUUCUGGAGUCUUUGUCUGAUGAAACUUCUUGGGUCAACUCUGUCUGUGGCGGGGAAGAAUCAGCUGGUUACUGAGGUUCCAUGGAGUUUUAGUGAGCUACGGGAGGCAGAAUCACUAUGAUGGGUCGGACUUUUGGGUUUGGAGUAUUCCGACAAUCGUUUUCCCUUAGAUCUGUCGGACCUUUCCAUGGAGGAGGACGCAUGGGAUCGCGGAGUGUUAUGCAUGUUGCAUAUCUGGUGGUUCGCGAGAUUAGUGGUCCGUUCUGAUGAGAUCUGCAGGAAGAGGGUCGUUGUGUUCUGGUGUCGGAGAAGCACGGCGUCAGUGUGGUUCUGACUAUUCUCAAUCUCGGCCAAGUGAAACUUAAAGGUCAAUUUUUUCAAGGGUGUGAACAGAUCAGAAAUGCUAAUGGGUAUUGGCUCGUCAGGCUCUUGUUUCAUGUGUGUUUGAACCUCCAAGCCUCCGUAAUGGGUCGUCUAUGGCUUUGUCUGGAGCUGGGGUGGAGGAUGCUUUACUUUGGACUUUCCGGAUCUCACCAUCGAUGUGAAGGCAAGCUGCAAGAAAGCUAUCCAUUGUUUCUCGGUGGUGGCACAUGGAGAGGCUAGUUCACUCUUCGGUUGGUCAACAAGAGCAACUAUGUCUCGGUGACGCUCAUGUGUUGGAAAAGGUCAUUCACAAUACCAAAUAGAAUAGGAAGGCUCGGUCCGGUAGACAUGUUCCUUCUUUCUGGUUUGCAGACAUAAGAUGGAGCGCGAUGGAUGCUAAAUCCUCAACCCAUGUUUCUUGAAGAAUGGUGUGGAGGCUUAAGAGAAUAUAUGAGACUCCUGUCUCAGUGCCUCCAUAAGGUAUGAUCAUCCUUCCUUUGCAAGAAUCAAUUGAUGUGGCUUCUCAUCAUUUAGAGCUCUCUAGCUGAGAAAAUACACCAACGUGGUGUCGUUAUGGUUGGACAAGCACAACACUCAGAUAUUUUGGCUCCAACCGUUAUGGGCAGUAAAAAAAAUUCUUAAGUCAGGGCUGACUGAAUGGUUAGAAGUAGCUUUGUAUUCUUGCAUUUAGUGGUUUAAUUAGGUGGUCUAAGAGACAAUUCAUUCUGAGUCGUGGGAUGAAUUUAUUUUUAUCAUGGUAAAAAAUACAAUGUCGUAUUUGAUUUUGUAGCUUAGGAUCCUUCUUAUUGUUCUUAAGUGAUACUAGAUAUUGGCA